AUAAGGAGGGUGUGUGUUGCCGAGUGUAUGAAAUAUUGAGUGAAGUGUAAACGAAGCCGAAGCCAAGGUCGGCUCCUUCCCAGCUCUGUUCCAUUCGAAGCAAUCUAAAAAAAUAAUAAUAAUAAUUCUCUUUGUUAUCGUUGUUGGUGGUGGUGCUGCGUGGGACUUGGAUUCGCUCGCUUUGUCUUUUAUCCUUUGAAAUACUCGUCUCCAAACUCAUCGGAUAGACGAUAGAGAGAGAGCAACCCAGAACUUGGAUGUCUAUACGAUGGGAUUUUGGUGAUAAUUGGAUUGAAAUAUGAAACGGUAGAUUGGCUUUGGGUACAUCCGGUAAUGUUUUUGGUCUUGGAGAUUAAAGGGUUAUAGAAAAGCCGGGUUUUUUAGUUGAUUUGAGGAAAUGGGUUGCUUUCCGUGUUUCGACACGAAGGAGGAGGGGAAGCUGAAUCCCGUAAAAGAAAGCGAUGGUCGAAAACAAGGCCAACCCAUGGUCCCUUCUGCCAUUUCCGGAUUGCCUUCGGGAGCUGACAGACUUAAAUCAAGAGGUAAUGCAGGGUCCAAAAGGGAAUUACCGGGUCCCAAGGAUGGACCUGGUAUUCAUCCUGGUGUUCAUAUCGCUGCUCAAACAUUCACCUUUCGUGAGCUUGCAGCUGCAACAAUGAAUUUCAGGCCAGAGUCUUUCAUAGGGGAAGGGGGAUUUGGACGUGUAUACAAGGGCAGACUUGAGACUACUGAUCAGAUUGUUGCUGUUAAACAAUUGGACAGAAAUGGUCUUCAGGGUAACAGGGAGUUUCUGGUGGAGGUUCUCAUGCUUAGCCUUCUACAUCACCCUAACCUUGUGAAUCUGAUUGGCUAUUGUGCCGAUGGGGACCAGCGGCUUCUUGUAUAUGAAUUCAUGCCCUUGGGUUCUCUAGAAGAUCACCUUCAUGAUCUUCCACCUGAUAAGGAACCACUUGAUUGGAGCACAAGGAUGAAAAUAGCUGCUGGUGCAGCUAAAGGUUUGGAAUACCUGCAUGACAAAGCAAAUCCUCCUGUUAUUUAUAGGGAUUUCAAGUCGUCCAAUAUCUUAUUGGAUGAAGGAUAUCAACCAAUGCUUUCUGAUUUUGGACUCGCAAAGCUUGGUCCUGUAGGAGAUAAGUCACAUGUUUCCACCAGAGUAAUGGGCACUUACGGUUAUUGUGCUCCUGAGUAUGCCAUGACUGGACAAUUGACAGUGAAGUCUGAUGUCUACAGUUUUGGGGUGGUCUUUUUAGAGCUAAUUACUGGACGUAAGGCCAUUGAUGGCACCAGGCCCCAUGGAGAACAAAAUCUUGUCGCAUGGGCACGUCCACUGUUCAAUGACCGUAGAAAAUUUUCAAAAUUGGCAGAUCCACUGCUGCAAGGGAGGUAUCCAAUUCGGGGUCUAUACCAGGCUCUAGCUGUGGCAUCCAUGUGCAUCCAAGAACAGGCUGCCACCCGUCCUCUCAUUGGGGAUGUGGUCACUGCCCUCUCAUAUCUUGCAAACCAGGCCUAUGACCCUAAAACAUCUUCUGGGCAUGGCCACAAAGGUUCUAGUGAUAGGGAUGAAAGAAGAAACAUAGAUGACAGAGGUGGAAGGAUUUCCAAGAAUGAAGAAAGUGGAGGAUCUGGUCGGAGGUGGGACUUCGAAGGAUCUGAGAAAGAUGACUCCCCGAAAGAAACUGCAAAGAUGUUAAACAGGGAUCUAAUUAGAGAACGAGCUGUUGCUGAGGCCAAGAUGUGGGGAGAGAAUUGGCGAGAGAAAAGACGACAAAGUGCACAAGGCAGUUUUGAUGGUAAUAACGGAUAGUGCCAGUGUACACUCAGGGGCACCAUAUUCCACCUUAUCUCCACUCCAGCCGUCUCGCCACGCCAUGUGAAGAAAUGUCGGAAUCUGAUGUUUCUCUUACCUGAUGCAUUCAAGUGAGUGAGAGUAGAUGGAUCAUGGGGGUAAUUGCAAGAGGACUUGGUGCCCAUACGUUUUCUAAUUUGACUUUUUCCUUCUUUUUUUUUUUUUUUUUUUUUUUUAACAGAAGUUUUCUUAUCCAUUUUCUUUUGUUAUCAAACAUAAAGAAGGAGAAGAAAAAAGAGGAAAAAAAAAAUUGUAAAUUAUCUGCCAGGUGAAUGGAAGCAGAAGAAUAGGACGUUUUUAAAGAGGUCUAGUCAUUUGAUGUUUGAUGUUUCUAUUUGAACCAAUUAGCACGUCUGUUACCCUGUA